AGACACUGACUCAAUCAGAGGAAACUGACUCAGACGGAGACGGACAGAUUGACUGUGGGAGAGGGAGGGACAGACAGAGAAAAGAGAGAAAGACCAGUGAAGUCAUCCAAACUUCAGCAAAGUCAGAAGCUACCUCCCGCAAGAGCAUCAUGAGCUCCCAGUUUAACAAGGGCCCGUCCUAUGGACUGUCUGCAGAAGUCAAGAACAGGCUGGCAAUGAAAUAUGAUCCCCAAAAGGAGAACGAACUCCAGGUCUGGAUAGAGGAGGUCACAGGGAUGUCCAUUGGACAAGACUUCCAGAAAGGGCUGCAAGAUGGUGUUAUCUUGUGCGAACUCAUGAACAAGCUCAGCCCAAACGCCAUUCCAAAAGUGAAUAUCUCCAAACAGAACUGGCACAAGCUUGAGAACCUCUCCAACUUUAUUAAAGCCAUGUCAAGAUAUGGGAUAAAAUCUGUGGACCUGUUUGAAGCCAACGACCUAUUUGAGAAUGGAAACAUGACCCAAGUCCAGGUCUCUUUACUGGCACUAGCUGGAAUGGCAAAGACACGUGGUCUGCAGAGUGAUGUUGAUAUUGGAGUGAAAUAUGCAGAGAAGCAAGAGAGAAACUUUGAUGAGAACACAAAGAAAGCAGGGCAAUGUGUUAUUGGGCUGCAGAUGGGCACAAAUAAAUGUGCCAGUCAGUCUGGCAUGACAGCUUAUGGCACAAGAAGGCAUCUUUAUGACCCAAAACACAACAUUUUGCCACCUAUGGACCAUUCCACAAUUAGUCUACAGAUGGGCACCAACAAAGGUGCAAGCCAGGUGGGAAUGACUGCACCAGGAACCCGACGUCACAUUUAUGACACAAAAACAGGGACAGAAAAAUGUGACAACUCCUCUAUGUCGCUGCAGAUGGGCUACAACCAGGGAGCCAACCAGAGUGGGCAGAUCUUUGGCCUUGGUCGGCAAAUUUAUGAUCCCAAGUACUGCCCUAAGGGCAAUCCUGGUGAUCUGGAAGGCCCAGAUGAUCAGGAAGACCAGCAGGGAUACCAUUACCAUCAGGAGCAGGACUUCUGAGCUACUGUUGGUGGUGCUGCAUUACUCAACAUGUGUUUUACGUGGACCAUUUGUGUUCUUUGAAACUUUGAAAUCAUCUCUUAAGUCAAUCAAUUUCCUCUAGUCCAUAAAGAACACUGAGGAGGAAUGAACAUUAUUUUAUUUUUAUUUUUUUUAUUUUUACAGACUAAAAAAAAAAAAAAAACAAUCAGAAACUUUUAUUAUGCAUAUUGGAAUGUGUAUGUACAAUUCUUAUUUUUAUUUAGAGAGCUUGUGAGGGGCGGGGUCCUUUAUGUUAUACUGUCCUGUAUAUCAAGGUUAAUUUAGAAUUAUACAUGUACCUUGCGUGCUCUCAGGGCUAUACAGUGUUAUUCCUCCAUAAUGCGUAAUUAUGGAGUUAUUGAAUAUCUCAGUGCCUUAUUGGAUUUAAAGCUGAAUUGCCAAUAACUGUGACUCCUCCCUUCAUAGUGCAGCUAUUUACCUAAUAUUUAAAUGGAAACAUGGAAAUUGCAUCCUCUUUUUAGUAUUUCUUGCAUCUCCUCAUUCCUUCUUCGUCGUAAACAUUGCCCCAUAUUUGCAGGACAAGGGCUUAAUGUUCUGUAGAUUUAACUUUGAAAAUAUAAACACAUGGUGUAUAGAAUGUGUAGAUGUCUCUAUAAAAGGGCAAAGCAA